AGUACGUACAGGAAGUAAACAAGUUUUAUAUCCUGUAUGAGAUUCUCAUGAACUUUUACUUCUGUAUGUUUUGUUAAUUUGUACUGUUGAUAACUUUACGCCAGCUGUAGCUAUGAGCGCCAUUAUUCCUCGCAUAGAGCAGCUGUCUGCCAGAGUGGUUCGGGUACUGGGCUGUAACCCGGGACCGAUGACUCUGCAGGGAACCAACACGUACCUGGUCGGCACGGGCAAAAGACGGGUGCUGAUAGACACAGGGGAACCUGCUGUGCCUGAAUACAUCAGCAGCCUCAAACAGGCACUGAAGCAGUUCAGCACCAGCAUCCAGGAGAUCAUCGUCACACACUGGCAUCACGACCACACUGGUGGAGUAGAAGAUAUCUGCAGGGACAUAACGGGUUCUGAGGUCCGAGUCAGCAAACUGCCUCGCUCCAACAAAGCCAGAGAGGCAGCAGGAAGCAAAGAGUACACUUACCUAAAAGAUGGAGAUGUUGUUGAGACGGAGGGAGCCACACUCAAAGUGCUUUUCACUCCAGGCCAUACUGAUGACCACAUGGCCUUGCUGCUGGAGGAGGAGCGGGCACUCUUCUCCGGAGACUGCAUCCUGGGCGAGGGCACGGCUGUGUUUGAAGACCUCUACGACUACAUGAAAUCUCUGCAAAUCCUGCUGGACUCGGAGGCUGACCUCAUCUACCCUGGCCACGGACCUGUGGUUCAGGAUGCUGGCUCUAAGAUCAGACACUACAUCAGUCACCGGGACCAAAGAGAACAACAGAUCCUGGCAGCCAUUCAGGAUGGAGCAGGAAAGCCUUUCACUUCCAUGGAGCUUGUCAAGAUUGUGUACAAGGACACCCCUGAACACCUGCACCAAGCAGCUAAUGUGAACUUGGUUCAUCACUUAAAGAAACUGGAGAAAGAAGGCAGAAUCAGUCUGGUGAACGAAUCUUCACAGAGCAGCAAAUGGAAGAGUAAUCUGUGAUGUCCACUGACAGUGAGAUGAAAUGGAGCGUUGGGCUGGGAUUUUCAAGAUCAACAGCUAAUGAUUUUCGAAUGCGAGAUGAUCACUUUCAGCGCUAUGUUUGUGCUGUACACCAGUGCUGAUUGAGAAAUGUAUUAGUCACACCUGUUGCUUCAGAUAUUUCCCAACUCAAAACACACAAGGUGCAGGAAACAUAUGGACUCACCAGGCCUGAGCUGCAGCCUGUGUUAUAGUUAAACAAGGCUAAAAUUUGCCUCAAGGUCAGCCGCCUGUGGCCGCAUAAAGGAUUAACCUCAUCCUGAAGUGUGAUCAGAGUGCUACACUUCCCCUGUCCCCCCCAAUUAAAACUGCUUAACUGCUGCCAUGUCUUCUUUUUUUGAGUUGAGGCUGUUAAAGUGAGCUUUUUGUUUUGAUUUAAAAAUAAUUGUCAGCGUUGUCUUCCAUUUAAUAAUACUUACUUGUCAUGUAAGUGAGAUAAGUAGGAUUUAUACAGUAUAUAAUGACUGUACUGUAUUUUAUUUUACUUGUUUUGUAUAUUAUGAAGCCCAGAAAGUAAAUAAUCUCAUAACAUUU